GUUGGCUUAUAACACAUUAUCAGCACGAGCUAUGCACACCUUUUUUUUCUCUUUUUCAAGAUUUCAAUCUUGUUUUCGGCUUUGAAAAUCUCUUGGCAAGGGAAUCGGAACAAUCCCCCUUUUAUCCAACCAACAACGAAGAAGGAAUGGUCAUCGCCCCAUCCUCCACACAAUUAUCUGCUAGGAGCGUAUGUAUAGUCUCUCUCCCUCCAGGGGUUUCUUGGUCAAAGAUUUUAACGAGGCAGUUUGUGAUUCUCAAACAACAUAUUAUGAUCUUGGAAUAUUAUUAUUCUCCAGAAAAGUGAAUUUAAAAGUGAUCGAGAAGAUUAGGCCCUGAAGGCAAAUGACUGCACUCUUUUCCUUUACUAAGUUUUUCCCACGUGGUUUUCUUAGUUAAAG